CGCCCUGCGUUAACAAAUGAUGUUCUGAAAAGUGGAAUAACGCUUUUUUCUGCAUUCUGGGGAUGCAACGUAACUGUUCUACAAGGGGCAGCUACACAGAAAAUGGAUCUGAAAACUGCCCCCCCUAAACCAGCAAGGGGGUAGAUAGAAAAAAAAAUCCCCAUUUCUCAAACACUGAAACAAAAGUGCCAAGCAGUUCUGCACAAAGACCUCAAACUUCCCUGCUCAGUUGGGGCUUCGGCUCCCUGGCCAGGUCAUUAAUUCAUCCCACCCUGCAUCCCUCAGCCCCAUAUCCCCCACCGUAGCUGCCGCCAAGAUGGCCACCAGUGGUGCUCCUCGUCUCUCCUUGCCAAUGUUACUUCAUGUGACCAUUCUGCUGCUAUCUCUGCUGCUCACCUGCUCUCAAGCCUCAUCACCGCCGCGCUUCACUAAAGUUCCCGUUGACCAGAUUGGUGUCUCAGGGGGCGUGGUCUCCUUUGUCUGCCAGGCAACAGGCGACCCCAAGCCGAAAGUUAGUUGGAACAAGAAAGGAAAGAAGGUGAACUCUCAGCGCAUAGAGACCAUUGAAUUUGACGAGGGUGCUGGCGCUGUGCUCAGAAUCCAACCUCUUCGAGCGCCACGUGAUGAGAACAUUUACGAAUGUGUAGCCGAGAACAGCGCAGGAGAGAUCACCGUCAAUGCCAAGCUCUCCAUCAUCAGAGAGGACCUUCUGCCACCAGGCUUCCCAAAUAUUGACAUGGGUCCUCAACUCAAAGUGGUAGAGAGAACUCGAACAGCCACCAUGCUCUGUUCUGCCAGUGGGAACCCUGACCCAGAAAUCACCUGGUACAAAGACUUUCUGCCCAUAGAUCCAAGUGCAAGUAAUGGACGAAUCAAGCAACUGCGCUCAGAAAGAUUUGAGGGUACCCCUAUUCGAGGUGCCUUGCAGAUCGAGAACAGCGAGGAGUUGGACCAGGGGAAGUAUGAGUGCGUGGCGUCUAAUGUGGAAGGCGUGCGCUACUCUUCCCCUGCUAAUCUUUAUGUGCGAGAGCUUCGAGAAGUCCGGCGGGUACCUCCUCGCUUCUCCAUUCUACCAACAAGUCAAGAGAUAAUGCCAGGUGGCAGUGUGAACAUAACUUGCGUGGCAGUAGGGUCCCCCAUGCCUUAUGUCAAGUGGAUGCUGAACUCUGAGGACUUGACACCAGACGACGAGAUGCCAGUUGGCAGAAAUGUUCUUGAACUGAGCAGUGUACGUGAGUCAGCCAACUAUACGUGCGUGGCGAUGAGUAGCCUUGGCAUCAUUGAAGCUGUUGCACAGAUCACCGUCAAAUCUCUCCCCAAGCCUCCAGGUACCCCUGUGGUUACCGAAACCACAGCAACCAGUGUGACCAUUACUUGGGACUCAGGAAACCCAGACCCAGUGACAUACUAUAUCAUACAAUAUAGAGCCAAGUCACCAGACAGCAAAUACGAAACUGUUGAUGACAUCACUACCACACGUUAUAGCAUUGGCGGCCUUUACCCAAAUACAGAAUACGAAAUACGUGUCUCGGCAGUGAAUUCAAUUGGACAAGGUCCGCCCAGUGAACCAGUUGAAACUCGAACUGGCGAGCAAGCCCCAGCAAGUCCUCCAAGAAACAUUAAGGCGCAAAUUCUUCCCCAAAACACCAUGAUGGUGCAAUGGGAAGAACCCGAGGAACCUAAUGGGCAGAUCAAGGGCUACCGAGUUUACUACACUAUGGAUGAUGCACAGCCCAUGAGCCUUUGGCAGAUCCAUAAUGUCCAGGACAGUCUGAUCACCACCAUUCAGAGCCUAAUUCCUCAAGAGACAUACACUAUCAAAGUUCUGGCAUUCACAUCCGUUGGUGAUGGACCUUUUUCUGAGCCCAUUCAUGUGAAAGUACUGCAGGGAGUUCCAGGUCAACCAUCCAAAUUCCAGGUGGGUGCCGUGUCAGACACUAGAAUUGAACUGACUUGGGAACCCGCAUAUGAGAAAGAAGGAAUUAUAAGUUAUGAACUUCGUUAUAGGGAAAGCAAUUUUGGCACGCAGAUGAAGAAAACAUUUGGACCCACAAAAUCAUAUGUUUUGGAAGGCCUUCGCCCCAAUACAGAGUACCGCUUCUCCCUGGCGGCCAUCUCAAACAAAGGCAUUGGGGCCUUCACAAAUGAAAUUUCUGAGAGGACCUUGCAAGCCAAGCCCUCAGCUCCCCCUCAGGAAAUUAAGUGCAGCACCACCAGCUCCACUAGCCUUUUGGUAAGUUGGCGCCCCCCACCUCUGUCGAGUCAGAAUGGUGACCUGACGGGGUAUAGGGUGCACUACCAGGUGUUGAGCCCUUCAGAGGAGGCCAGUGAUGAUACAGAGCCCGUGGAGAAGCCAUUGUUGCCUCCGAAUGAAGAGCGAGUGUUGCUGCAGCAACUGGAGAAGUGGACCCAGUACCGCAUCACUGUGUCUGCCUCAACAAAGGUUGGAUCUGGCCCUGAGAGCGAGCCCCUAAUAUGCCGGACAGAUGAAGAUGUUCCUGGAGCUGCACCAAGAAGAGUUGAAGUGGAGGUCCUCAACUCCACAUCGCUCAAAGUAAUGUGGCGUUCUGUGACACCAGGAAAACAAAACGGUCAAAUUCGUGGCUACCAGGUUCACUACGUGCGUGUGGAAAAUGGCGAGUCAAGGGGGCUUCCCCUCAUCAAGGAUGUCAUGCUUGCUGAUGCCCAGUGGGAAACGGACGAUACGGCUGAAUAUGAAAUGGUCAUCGGAGGACUCAAACCAGACACCACUUACUCUGUCACUGUAGCAGCUUACACCACCAAGGGAGAUGGAGCUCGAAGUAAACCCAAAGUGGUGGUGACCAAAGGGGCAGUGCCUGGUCCGCCGUAUCUGUCAGUAGCUCAAGAUUCAAAGACCUCAGCUGUUGUUCAAUGGGAUCCUCCAGACCUGAUAAAUGGAAUGGACCUGCAGGGAUACCGCCUCCAGUUUGGCCGGAAAGAUGUCUCCCCUCUGGCCACAUUGGAGUUUUCUCCCCAAGAAAGACAGUAUUCUGUGGGCAAUAUUCAUCAUGGUGCCACUUAUCUCUUUAAGAUCUCAGCCAAAAGCAGAGGAGGCUUUGGGGAAGAGGCUGUGGCGGAACUCACUGUUCCUGAGAAUAUCCCUGGAGGAUACCCUCAAAUAAAUGAGGGUUCCUCGGUAACAUGCUGCUCAGUACAGCUGUCCUGGUCUCCACCAGUACUGGCAGAGAGGAACGGGGUCAUCACAGAGUACACUCUGGCUUUUAAAGAAGCUGGGACAAGACAGGCACCACAAGAACUUCGGUUACCUCCCAGCCUGUCUAGCUAUGAACUCAACAGCCUCAAACCAAACUCUGCAUAUGAUGUGAAAAUACGUGCCCACACCAGUGUAGGUCCAGGGCCCUACAGCCCGCCCAUCCAGUAUCGGACGGUGGCCAUUGAUGCUACAGAUGUCCCAAAGAAUUUCACCGUAAAGUGGGCCACAAAGACGACAGUGGUGCUUGGAUGGAAGUUUUCAGAUAGAGGAUCACCAUACAACUGCACUAUUGAGUAUAACCGUCUAAAGAUGGAUGUGGAUGCAAGGAAGUUGAAGGCGUACAUCACUGGGCUAAGACACAACAGCACCUAUGAAUUCAAGGUGACUUGCCAAGAAAGCACGGAGGGUGGACCCCGGCAUCGUGUGGUCGCCAGGACAGCACCUUCUAUCCAGGUCAGAAAACCCAAACUGGACAUCUACGCUGAGCCUGAGAACAUCCUCACCAUGACCUUUCAACCACCACACAGCAGAGAUGUUAAGAAUUUCUAUGUUGUGGUGGUGCCUCUUAAAACAACAUCAGGAACAGUAAAGAACUUGCGGAACCCAGAUGAGAUGGACAUAGAAGAGCUGCUGAGGGAUGUGAUCCCAAAGCGACGUUCACGGCGCCAGCUGGCUCAAACAGACCAGAAGCAGGCCUACAUCACGGCCUGCUUCAAGCAGCUGCCCUCCACCUUCACAGUGGGGUCUGACCACCGCCUGAGCAGCUGUGAGAACAAGCCUCUUGUACCUGGUCAGGAAUAUGUCUUCUUCCUGCUUGCUGAACUUAAUGCACCUGUUGGGAAAAUGUUUGCAACCAGCCCCUAUACUGACACUGUGGUGACUCCAGAGAUGGUGAGGGACCCUUUGCCAAUGGAGCCUAGUGACGGGCUCAUUUGGGUGGUCGGUCCUGUCUUGGCUGUGGUCUUCAUCAUUGGCAUUGUCAUCUCUAUUCUUCUAUUGAAAAACAAACCAGACAGCCGGAAGAGAAAAGAAUCUGAGCCCCGCACGAAAUGUCUCCUUAACAAUGCAGACAUUACACCCCACCAUCCCACAGACCCUGUGGAAAUGAGACGCAUCAACUUUCAAACUGCAGGUAUGAUGAAUCAUCCUCCGAUCCCCAUCUCUGAGCUGGCCGAGCACACCGAACUUCUCAAAGCUAAUGACAACCUCAAGCUCUCCCAGGAAUAUGAGUCUAUUGAUCCAGGCCAGCAGUUCACCUGGGAGCAUUCCAAUCUGGAGGUGAACAAGCCCAAAAAUCGUUACGCCAACGUCAUCGCCUACGACCACUCCCGAGUCAUCUUGGCUCCUAUUGAAGGCAUAACUGGUAGCGACUACAUCAAUGCCAACUACAUCGAUGGCUACAGGAAGCAGAACGCUUACAUCGCCACCCAGGGUCCGUUACCGGAAACAUUUGGGGAUUUCUGGAGGAUGGUAUGGGAACAGAGGACGGCAACGGUUGUGAUGAUGACCCGUUUAGAAGAGAAGUCUCGGAUCAAGUGUGACCAGUACUGGCCGAGUCGUGGUACAGAAACCUAUGGUAUGACCCAAGUCACCCUGCUGGACACAAUAGAACUGGCCACGUUCUGUGUCCGUACAUUCUCCCUGCACAAGAAUGGCUCGAGUGAAAAGAGGGAGGUUCGACAGUUCCAGUUCACAGCAUGGCCAGACCACGGCGUGCCAGAAUACCCAACCCCUUUCCUAGCCUUCCUCCGUAGGGUGAAGACUUGCAACCCCCCUGAUGCUGGACCCAUCAUUGCUCACUGCAGUGCUGGUGUUGGCCGGACAGGCUGCUUUAUAGUAAUUGACGCCAUGCUCGAGCGUAUCAAGCACGAGAAGACGGUCGACAUCUACGGCCACGUGACGCUGAUGCGCUCGCAGCGCAACUACAUGGUGCAGACAGAGGACCAGUACAGCUUUAUUCAUGAUGCGCUGCUAGAGGCAGUGGCCUGUGGAAACACCGAGGUGGCCGCUCGAAGCCUGUACUCUUACAUCCAGAAGUUGGCCCAGGUGGAGAGCGGCGAGCAUGUUACUGGCAUGGAGCUGGAAUUCAAGCGUUUGGCCAAUUCAAAGGCCCAUACAUCACGCUUCAUCAGUGCCAACCUUCCCUGCAACAAGUUCAAGAACCGGCUGGUUAACAUUAUGCCCUAUGAGACCACCCGUGUCUGCCUGCAGCCAAUCAGAGGUCUGGAAGGCUCUGACUACAUCAAUGCUAGCUUCAUUGAUGGCUACAGGCAACAGAGGGCAUACAUCGCCACGCAGGGCCCACUAGCAGAGACUACGGAAGACUUCUGGAGAAUGCUCUGGGAGAACAACUCCACUAUAGUAGUCAUGUUGACCAAACUUAGAGAGAUGGGCCGGGAAAAGUGUCACCAAUACUGGCCAGCUGAGCGCUCUGCAAGGUAUCAGUACUUUGUGGUAGAUCCUAUGGCUGAGUACAACAUGCCUCAGUACAUCCUCCGGGAGUUCAAGGUCACUGAUGCCAGGGAUGGCCAGUCCAGGACAGUACGGCAGUUCCAGUUUACUGAUUGGCCGGAGCAAGGUGUGCCCAAAUCCGGAGAGGGAUUCAUUGAUUUUAUCGGACAGGUUCAUAAAACCAAGGAGCAGUUUGGACAGGAUGGACCCAUCUCUGUACAUUGCAGUGCUGGAGUGGGAAGAACUGGAGUCUUCAUAACCCUCAGUAUAGUCCUGGAGAGAAUGCGUUAUGAGGGUGUGGUUGAUAUCUUUCAAACAGUGAAGAUGCUCCGGACGCAGAGGCCAGCUAUGGUCCAAACAGAGGACGAAUACCAAUUUUGCUAUCACGCAGCUCUUGAGUACUUAGGAAGCUUUGAUCACUAUGCAACGUAAAAAGCCAUCUCCUCCUCUCAGAAUCCUGUAACCCCCUCCUCGCCCAACUCAAUGGUUUCCUGAGCCAUAGAAACUUUUCAAAUUUGAAACGAUGACAGCGGUCGAUAAUUUUACAACUGCUUGUUCAAAAACACCAAACAGGAUCCUGUAGAUUUUUUUAAGCAAACAGCGAACAUGACCAGAACAGGAGAAAUUUCAAUUGAGUCUCUAGUCACAGAAGAAAAAUUCCCCAUAAUUUCAACUUAAGACCAUUCUAAGCAACGAGAAACCAUACGCCGUGGCUCAAGCUGUGGGAUGGGUAUCGAUCCAAGUGACAGACUCCUUACUUUACCUCAAGUGUUUUAGUGUGGAGGAAGUUGUAUACAUUCUUGGACAUUGCUCUUCUAAAAUAAAAAUGUCUAUGUGACACAGCGGCGACAACCAACCGAUUAUGAAGUAAGUGAAGCGCAAAUCAAAGAGAAGCAGAUGGAUGUAGCCACGACUGGGACACAUGCCUGUUUUGCAUGUGAAAAAAAGGAGGGUAGAGGGUUCAAGUAUUUUCAACAACUAUUUCAUGACGGGUUUAACCUAAGAAAUUGACAAAUUGUGUCAACACCAAUGAAGAGAAGUGGCUUUUCUCAAUCAAAAACAUGAAAUAGAACAAGAACACCCACAUUUGGCAGUAAAAAAAAGGAAACCUUGAGUUUUUGCACAGUUCUACUUAAAUUAUGUUUUGUGAAAAGUUUUCUUUAAUUCCAGAGAAUAUCACCAAACUGCCUGUUAAGUGCCAGGAGCUUUAAGAAGGGACAUUCCCAGUCGUUGUCAAAGAGAAAACAUCAGCACAUAUAUAAAUGCAGUUACUUUUUAGAAAUGCAGGAAAUCUUUAAUUUAAGCCCUGUAAUUCAGUAAAAGAAAUCUGGAUUAUUUCAAAGGGAGAUUUACCCCGGUAAAUUCAACAUUUCACUGGCCAAAUCGUUCAAGGAAAAAUCCCAUCAAUUGCAAGAAUCUUCAGCUUUGUCUGUCAUGGGGAUGAUGUAAACCUCAACUUCGACCCAUGUUUUUAUUUUUAACACAUGGCUCUCUUUAAAACAUGGCACCAAAUGGCUGAUGCAGAAAACAUCCACCCUGAGUCCGGUGAGGAGAAAAGGCUUUGGAACAAGGUGGAUCAACCAAACAAAGAAACGCUGCCACAUCUGGGGCUUUCUUUGUGUACAGUGACCAACGCUUAUCAUCAUUGUUUGGGACUACUUUGUCUUUGAAGGACAAAAAUCUAUUUUUCUUUCCUUGUUUUCAGUUCUCUUUUCUGUUAAAAACAAAACAUGCUGCUUAUCUUGUGUAUGCUGUAUGUGUGACUCUUUGAAAAAGAGAUUAAACAAAAAAAAUGCCAGCUCUGCUAACUCCUUGCGCCUGGGUGGGCAUGAAAGAAAGCACAUCCACAUGACUUCACUGUUCACCACUGCUUUUUUUUUUCUUUCAUCUGAUUUUUUUCCUAGCCUCCUCUAUAAUUGCUCUUAUCAUUGUACAAGAAACUCAAGAGCAGCAAGAUCGCUUGCAACGACAAAGUUGUACAUUAACGUGAUUGACAAAUUGGCCCUAAGUUUUACUAUAUGUGUGUUUGGUAACUGGUUGACAGAAAAAAAAGCAAGACGCUUUGGUGUUUACCCCCUAUUUUACGGACAAUGACCCAGUGGGUGACACGGCCAGAGCAAGUAGCCACGACAGAUCCCGAUGCAAAAUUUUCUCUGGUACUUGCACAUCCCAAAAGCAAAAACAGAGAAUAAACUCGAAACAAACUCCCCAAUUCAACUGCAAAAACCUCCAAGUUUUUACGUCAAAGAUGGCGCUUUGGUACAUGUGAGCGAAUGGAUUCUCUGAGGGCUCUCUGGUGGAUGUGCACAAAAAAAAGCAACAGAGCUUUGGACAGAACUGUGUGUGAUCUUUUCUGAGUUCCAAAAAAGCCUUAUUGUUAUUGUAACACUAUGAAAACAUUACUGUUGUAUUAUGAUGAUUCAUUUAACAUGACAUAGUUAGCUUUUAUUUUCUGUUUGGAUUUAGUUGUUUUUUUUAACAGAUGUUUGUCACUUUUUUUAAUUAGCAGAAAAAAAAGAGAAAUGCUUAUAUGUUCAUAUUAUGUUAAAAGACAUUCUAUUUUUUCACCGUAGAAAUGCUAAUUAUAACAUGACCGUGUAGGGGCGCAUACAUAUCUACAUAGAGAUAUAUGAUUGUAUAUAUCUCUAUAUAGAAAUAUAUAUGCCCACUUACACAUGCAUAUAUAUUUAAAAGCAGAAUCAGAAAAUAUAUCCAAACAAUUAGUAUGAAAUACAUUUUUCUUGUCAUCCAAUUUGUUUUAUACCUGUCAAAUCUUGUCUGAAAAUUUUUGUUUUGCUAUUAUUAUUCUGUAAUUCUGGAGUGUCUCUUUAAGAAAACUGAGGGACUGUCAUCUUUUUGUUGGAUCUUUUAUUUUUCUCAUGUCCUUUGGAAUUAACUUGUACCAAUGAUGAAACUCUAUUUUAACACAUUUUCUUCACUGUCAUUAAGUUGUUUUUUUUUUUUUAUGGUCUACAAAUGUCAAAGUUUUAUCGCUCUGCAUUUUAAGUGUCUAUAUCAUGCUGUACCUUGUAUGAUUAUGUACAGACUGUAACCCUCACAAUCUGAAGAAAAAUCCUCUUAAAGUUCUCUUUUUUUACUUAUAUUUUCAGACAUAUUGUUGCCAUUGAUUUUAUUAGACAUCCACUAUGAUCUAGAGUAUAUGUGUAAAUAAACAAAUAUAUAUAGAAUAUACGUAUCAUUUGACCCUAAAGAUCUCAUACAUGUAGUGGGGGACACCAAUGCACAGAUCAAAGUUCUGCUCAUUUCCAGUUUCCUGGUGUUUGUGAAGCCUCUUUUUUCCAACCUUCCACCCUCUAGCUCUGCUCCCAGGUCUUUGAUUACCUUCCUUUUUUUUCUGCCUUAUUUCCCAUGCUAGUAGUCAAACUGGGAAAUAUGCCAACCUAUGUUCCCGCAUUCCGAAUGAGGGGCAAACAAAUUAGUGUCAGUGAUCUACAGGUCGGAUUAAACAGAUACAUUGGUUUUCUCUAUCAAUUAACUACAAAAAUCAUUCCUAUAAUGGACAAAAUAACUAAAGAGGCUUUUUAAACUGACUUUUGCCCAUUUUAUGUUUUUUUUGGCCUUUCUGUGUAAAAUUGGCAGAAAGCAACUAUGAAAAAGGCCAUACAUGGUUCAAUUGCCACAUUUAAACUUAUUGUUCUCCCUAUUGCCUUGUAUAAAAUCACAUUGUUUUAGUUUUUUUUGUUUUUUUUUUAAAUCAUGUUUCAUGAUGGGAUGCAUAAAGAAAUGAGGAAUCAGAGGAAACAGCAUUGGAAUGCAACCAAGGAUGGACUGAGACUACCAAAAACAUGCUGUAAAUUCCCAUAGAAAAGCUUCUCAAUAGACUUGAAUCUGUUGGACUUCACAGAGACAGCUAAUAAAGGCCCGCGUCAAAAUUUGAAACUUUGAGCGUCUCAAAGCUUGUACAAUGUGUCGUUCUUAUGGUUUCAAGUAAAGAUGCUAACUUUUGAAAAACAGCCACUAAAUUUUUCUGAAAUAUUGUUGCUAAGUGUUGUGGAAAGGUUAGGGAGUAACAGUGACCAUUAAAAAAAAAAGAAAAAAAAGUCAUAUUGAGAAGGACAACA